GGUGAGGGAGGGGCUGCAUUUCUUUGUUCUAUGAGGCUACAGCUACAAUCUUCUGUUGACUGAUAGGGGUCACACAAACCACCUGACAGAAAGGGCCAUGGCAAUAAUUGUUUUCUGCUGCUAUGUCAUUCAUGCAGUUUGACUCUGUGUGUAAGUUGGUACCUAGAAUGGUCUAUUGGAUAAUGUGACAUUUCUUCAUUUUUGCUUUUCUUUCCUUUUAAGUAUGUGAGUGACAUAAACACAGAUAGGUGGUAGAGGGUAGAGGAACUGAGGAUAGCUAUAAUGGAGCAUGACUUUUAAGUUUUAAAAGCAGGUUAGAUCUGAGCAAAUCUGGGUGAAAUGGUUGAUUACCUUAAUUGUCAGUAAAGAUCGGGUAAAAUAGAAGAUGAAGAUACAGAAGAAAUAAUGAAAAUUGGUAGACUCAACCCCUAAGUAGGUCAGAGAUACAAUAUGGACCAAAACGUACAGGGCUAAUACCUGAAUCAAGGGGAUUCUAGACAGACCUCUAGAGAGGUCUAGUGAAGUGGUUCAGCAAGCAAAGAUACUUCUACUCGAGCCUGAUAACCUCGAUAGAUCCUCACUUCUCAUUGAAAAGUAGAAGGAGAUAACAGACUCUGUGAAGUGUCUUCUGACCUUCAUAUGCAUGCCAUGACACACUGACUGCCAUAAUAAUAAAGGUAAAAAUUAAUCUAUGGGAGAAUCACUUCUCCACUGACACUGCAAUGAAAAAGUCAGAUAGAAUAAAGCACUGAAGUUCUGAUGGUCCAUCUCUGCCAGGACACCAUCUCUAAAUGUCAGCACUACUCCUUGAUCAGCUCCAAGGGAAGAGUCGGAGCAGGAGUGUCUCGUAGUCAGUCUUUUUCUGCUCUGCACAGAUGGCUUCAUGUGUUAGAUGCAGAUGCUGAAGUCCUCAUGAGAGUCACUCCUUUGCUGCUUUGUCUUAAGGUGUUUCUGUCCUCUAUUGAGCUAUCACAGACCGGGUCCACUCAAUACCUCAGUUCUCCAGAAGUGGUCAUCCCCCUAAAGGUGACCAGCAGGGCCAGGGGUACAAAAAGUUCAGGAUGGCUCUCCUACAGCCUGAUGUUUGGGGGCCAAAGACAUAUUGUCCACAUGAGAGUCAAGAAGCUGUUGGUUUCUACUCACUUCUCAGUGCUCACCUAUAGAGAGGAACAUGCCCUUCUUCAGGACUAUCCCUUUGUCCCUAGUGACUGUUACUAUAAUGGUUUUGUAGAGGGGGUCCCCGAGUCUUUAGUUGCUUUCAGUGCCUGCAACGGGGGGUUUCAGGGAGUGUUACAAAUGAAUGGCUUCUCCUAUGAAAUCAAACCCAUUAGGCACUCCAGCACAUUUGAACACCUAGUUUAUACAUUAAACAAUGACAAGACACAAUGUCCACCUAUGAUGUGUGGUUUAACAGAGAAGAGAAUGCCAUACCAACACUUUGGACUUGACGAUCCCGAGAAGCCAUCUGUGAAGCAAAAUUCUGGAAAACUGUGGAACCACACAUGGUUUCUGGAGCUGGCUGUUGUGGUAGACUAUGGUUUCUUCACUUACUCUCAACGCAACUUGUCAAAGGUACAAGAGGAUGUGGUUCUCAUUGUUAACAUGGUGGAUUCCAUGUACAGGCAGCUAGAUACCUAUGUGACUUUGAUGGGCAUUGAGAUUUGGAAUCGAGAAAACGUUUUUCCAAUGGAGAACAUACAUCAGGUCUUAGAAGAUUUUUCUCAGUGGAAACAAGUCAGCCUUUCUCAGGUACCUCAUGAUGCAGCUCAUAUUUUCAUUAGAAGCUCACUUAUAAGUGUGCUUGGUAUAGCCUAUGUCGCAGGAAUAUGUCAUCCUCCUCUUGACUGUGGGGUGGAAAAUUUCCAAGGAGACUCCUGGUCUCUUUUUGCCAACACUGUGGCCCAUGAGUUAGGCCAUACUUUCGGUAUGCAGCAUGAUGAAGAACCCUGUUCUUGUGGGGAAAGAGGUUGUGUCAUGAGUACUUUCAGAGUACCAGCAGAGAGAUUCACCAACUGCAGCUAUAGCGAUUUUAUGAAGACUACUUUAAACCAAGGAACUUGCUUGCACAAUCAUCCAAGACCAGGGACAGUCUUUCUGGUGAAGCGCUGCGGGAAUGGUAUGGUUGAAAAAGAAGAGGAAUGUGACUGUGGAUCUAUACAUGAGUGUGAGCAAGAACCCUGUUGUUUGUUGAACUGUAAAUUGAGGCCUGGGGCUGCAUGUGCUUUUGGACUUUGUUGCAAAGACUGCAAACUCAUGCUAUCAGGGGAACUCUGUAGACCAAAAGUCAAUGAAUGUGACCUUCCAGAAUGGUGCAAUGGAACAUUCCACCAGUGCCCAGAAGAUAGCUAUGUACAGAACGGGGUCUCCUGUGGUGUCAGUGCCUACUGCUAUCAAAAGCAGUGUAAUAACCGUGACCAACAAUGCAGGGAGAUUUUUGGCAAAGGUGCAAGAAGUGCAUCUCAUAACUGUUACAAAGAAUUGAACUCACAGGGAAACAGAUUUGGCCACUGUGGCACAAAUGGCACAGAAUACCUAAAAUGUAGAAUGUCAGAUAUAUUUUGUGGGAAAGUCCAGUGUGCAAACGUGGAAGACAUUCUCCAUUUCCAGACUCAUUCUGUUUUGCAGAAAAUUUAUGCCAAUGGUGACAGCUGCUGGAGUACUGACCAUCAUUUGGGGAUGGGUGUACCUGAUGUUGGUGAAGUGAAAGAUGGCACCACCUGCGGGACAGAAAAGAUCUGCAUACACAAGAAGUGUAUCAGCCUGUCUGUCCUUUCAAAUUCCUGUCUUCCUGAGACUUGUAAUAAGAAGGGGAUAUGUAAUAACAAACAUCACUGCCAUUGUGACUAUGGGUGGUCUAUGCCUUUCUGCCUGCACAGGGGCUAUGGAGGAAGUAUUGACAGUGGUCCAGCAUCUCCAAAAAGAAGAGUCAAUAUUAUGGAAUUGUCAAUAAUUUUGACUGUUUUGUUUAUUACAACUUGUCUGUUAAUAGCUGAACUUUAUAUUCUAUAUCAUUGAAUACCUUCUGGUCCCAAAGAGACUAAGGCUUGUUCACCUGGUUAAGAGAUUAUCUAACUUAACAUCUUAUAUAUUGAGUUUGGCAACAAAAACAUUAUUAUAUAUGUGAAUCUAAGCAUAUUUGAGAG